CAAAAAUAUGCGCAUCCAAACUGGCGCAUUUAUACGGAAACGGAUGUUAAGAACGUAAAUACGCCUGCUGGAAGGACAAGGAUGAGAUGAUUUAUAGGAGAAUUUUUAUAUAUAUCUUUACCGUUUUAUAUUUAUAUAUAUAUUUUUUAACUUGAUAAAUUUUUUAUAUACAUGUCUGAAUCUGGUCAAAAUGUUAAGAAAAAGAACACUGAUGAAUGUCUGGUAUGUUCAAAGCCACCGUAUCAAUCUAAGAAAAUAUCUUCAAAAUUAUUAGAUUUUUCGAUAAAGGAUUUGUUGUUAAAAUAUGGAGGGAUUUCAAAGGAUAAAGGGGUGAUUUGUCGGAAUUGCGAACGCAGAUUAGAGACACUUCACAAGAAAACAGUAGAGUUUUAUGACGAGUGUCAAUCGGCCGCCAGAAAAGAUGACUUUACAACACCAGUAGUCUGUAACAAGAGGUUACCAACUUCACCUCUUGUUGGGUUUCACCCUAAAAGAGCGUCUCUUGAAAUUAAUGAGGAUUUUCAACAACCAAGUCAACAUGCAAGUUCUGAGAAUAUGUUUGUUGAUUUAUCUUCCAAUGCAGAGCCUAGCAAUAAAGGUGUGUAUCUAACAUGUCUAAACAUGACAAUUUGUUCAAUUUGUUCAUUUAAUUUGUUUAAAUUUAUGUGAUUUGACCAGUGCAUGUACAUGUAUGAUUUUAUGGUUUUUUUUUCAAGUGGACAGACAUGCUAAGCACCAUUAAUCUUUGGUAAAUUUAUAAGGCUCCAUACACCAUAGA